GGGAUGCAGAGAUGGAGUAUUCAAAGCCAAGGGUGAGGAGAGAGAAAAGCCUCAGAUGAGAUUUUUGCCUGGCCUGACCCUGCUUCUGGUGUGUUGGAAUUUCCUGCCACCUGCAGUUUGAUUGGUUCAAAGUCAGCAUUUUCAGGACUUUAGGCUGGCUCACUUUGAGCUCUGUGGCAGAGAGCUCAGAGAAUCUGGGUUAGCAGGGCUCUCAAGGCAGCAUCACAAGGCAGCAGACCUCCCAGCUGGCUGGUGAGCCGAGGAAAAUGUCUCCAGCCAGGGGACAGGGUGCCAGGAAUCAGGGCUACGGCCCCAUCUUCAGUUCAUGGAGUGCAAGAGUUUUCCAGGUGCAUAUUCCUGCUGCUCAGCGAGGUGUUGGCUGCCUUGGGAGGGGAAGAAGGUGCAUGAAGGAAAAAGGUCCCACUGCUGAAGUCGCCGUGGACUGGAUCAUCAGCUGGUAAAAACUGGAGCUGCUGCAUGGAGGCCGCUCCUGCCUCUCUCCUGCGGGGCUCGCAGCCCAAGAUCUCCCCUGGCUUUGGGUGCUGAAGUGAUCCAGCAGCACGUUCUCCCAAAAUGAUGGAGAAUAAAGUGUUCCUGUCAUUCACGUUCUACAGCACAAUUCUGAUUUUAAAGAUGUAUGUGGUUGCCAUCAUUACGGGGCAAGUGAGACUCAGAAAGAAGGCAUUUGCUAACCCAGAGGACGCCCUGCGCAACGGGGGGCUGCAGUUCUGCCGCGAGGACCCCGACGUGGAGCGGUGCCGCAGGGCCCACCGCAAUGACAUGGAGAACAUCUUCCCCUUCCUCUUCCUCGGAGCCAUCUACUCCCUGCUGGAUCCCAGCCCCACAGUGGCCAGGAUCCACUUCCUGAUCUUCUGCGUGGGACGGAUCAUCCACACCAUUGCCUACCUCCUGCAGCUGAGGGCUCCCACACGCUCCGUGGCCUACAGCGUGGCCCAGCUGCCCUGCCUCUCCAUGGCCCUGCAGAUCCUGCUGGCCACCAGCCCCUACUGGUAACAGCCAGAGAGACCCACCACCCAAACCCCUCACCCUGACUCCGCUGGGCCCCCUGGGAGUGGGAGAGAGUGAGAGUGUGAGUGUGUGAGAUGUCACCAGGGAGGUCACCUGCACCCCGAGGAUGUUCAGUGCAGCCUUGAUGGAAUUCCACUGCCAUCGGAAUUUGUCAGAGGGGUCACCAGAGAGCAGGGACGUGCAGGAAGGGGAUGUGGAGGCAGGUUUCUCUCCCUCCUGCUGAGGGUGAGUAGUGGAAAGGACAUGGACUGCCCCUUGAGGAAGGGGUCAUUGAGGGAAAGGUUUUCUAUGUUUGGAACUGUGACUGAGACAUUUUCCUCCUGGUCAUGAAUAUCCUAUGAAUCAGGCAGGGAAAAUCAUGAGGAUCCCACAAAGUCUCUUAGUCAGCAGAUGUGGUUGGUAGCAGAGGUUAUAAAGCAGCCACCCUGCUCCUGCCCAGCCAUGUGCAUCUCUGGGGAUGUGAGUCCCUUAGGAUUUAGUCCCUCAGGUUCCCUCUCCACCAAGGGGGACAGGAGGCAGGUGCCUUCCAGGCAGCCUGACGGGGAAAUCCAAAUCUCAGGGGUGAAGCCAUUGGAGCAUUCAGUGCUCCCCGUCUCACAGCACAGCACACAGCUCCCUGCAGGCAGGACCCUGGAGCUCCUGGCAGCUCCCAGCCAGCAGCUGAGGCUUUUCCAUCUCAGCCUCACCACAGCAAGAUGCAGAGUGACGUGCCUGGAGAGGCCAGCAGGAAUCCUUUACCCUGGACACGCAGCCUGAACACAUUUGCUGGACACAAAGUUCUGGGACUUCUGGAAUGUCUGAAAUGCUGGCACGAAAUGGGGUUUGCAGACAGAGUUUUCUCCCGAAGGGUAGUGUAGUCCACAUGCCAUUAAUACCUGAAAAUGCCCCCAGGGCAGCAGAGUGAGUUUCUCCCCCUCUGUUUGUAGCCUUUCUCUGGCCCGUUGCUAUUUGGGAAAUGUGCUGUGAUCGCCUUAGGGGAGUUUUCUUUCAGCUGUUUCCUGCUGUCCACUGCUGCCACGCCUUUCACAGCCUGGACCAGCUGGUGUUUGCAGAAAGCUCUGGAAAAGAGCAGAGGGGCUUUGAAGGGAGCAUCGCUGCUCUGCAGUGUCACCCAAAAGUGUUUUGUUGGGGAGGAGAGGCUGGGAGCAGGGUCCUGCAGGGUGACAAGGGCCCAUCAGCUGCUCUGCCACACAGCUGUCCCCUGUGCCAGGGGCUGCUCCCAGCAGCAGUGGAGCAUCCUCUGGAGGAGAAGGCAGGAGGGAACCUCUGCUCUUCGGUGCCUCCUCCUCUGAGGGCAGCACAGAAUUUCAAUAGCAUCACAGGGGCAAGCCAGAAUGAGCAGAAGAUAAAUUCCCCUUCCACCUGUCCUGUGCACUAAGGCUGCUCCCUUGACUCUGCUCUCCUCAGAGAUGCUCUUGCUGAGCCCUCACUGAGCACGGGGGACACACCUGCUCAGACUGAUGUCCAGCCUUUUCUCAGCUCAGACAGAAGUUUCUGUGCCAGUAACUCCAUCCCAGUGCAGUUGUGGCUCAGGCUGAGCUGUGUGGUGAAGUUUGGAGUGGAAUUCUGCUCUCCCACUGCGAGGAAGGUGGGCAGGAUUGCAGGUUCAGCACUUCACUCUUGGCCACUUCCCACAGAUGUCUGGGUAACACAGACCCCUCUUAACAAAUCUUUUCUGCCUCACGUGGUGCACAAGGUCUUGCACUCCUGUAUGUUUCUCUGCUGCUGCACAUGCAUCCUGGUGGCAGGAAGCAAAUAUUCCCAAUAAAAACAAAUCAUUGUGCUCUGAUAUAUCCUUCCUUUGGGAGCAGCAGAUGCAGCUGGGCAGCAGCUGGGUCCAGCCCCAGCAGGAUGGAUCCUCAGCAGGAUGUCAAACCCCACUGUAGGGCCUGCAGUGUCCUGGGACUCCUAAAGAGACAUCCCUUUUCUCUGCACUCACCUGCCCUGCAGAGGAACCUCUUUUCCACGUGUGCAUUAUUUGUGCUGAUCCUUUAAAUGCAGCAGAGCUGGGAAUUAUAAGCAGCUCUGCUCACUUUCCCUUCCCUGAGCAGCAAGUUGUUACAAAGCUUGGUGUUCACCCAAAAAUCCUGGAGGGCUGGAGAAGCUCAGGUAAGAGCUGGCUGCUCUUCUUUCUGUUCUUAGGACUCAUAAAGGAGCUGCUUGUGUUUUCCAAGAUGAGUAACUUCCCCCCCCCCUUUUUUUUUUUUUACUAGGUUGCUGGGAAACAAAUGCUUCAUUUCUCUGGUUUUCCCCUAUUUUCUUAAGUUGUUGGUGGUUGGGAGGUGCUGCCCUGUCUGUGUUAGUUUCUGAAAAUGGCUCCACUUGGUUGUUUUCUUUCCCUGUUUGUUUUCAAAUGAGAAAGGCAGUGGUUUUAUAAAAUGGACUCUCUCCAGUACAUGUUGCUGAGGUUGGAGAUGUGGCUGGGAUGGAGAUUUUGGCAUAGGAAGGAAGAAGGGAGGCUCCAGAACCCCCUUCCAACCCCCAGAUCUGCCAGCUGCUUCAGCCUCUUCUCAGCUGCCUGUCCAGUGCCUGAGGCUGAUGCCCUGCUCAGGAAGGCUGAGGUUACAUGCAAAGCUCUGCUUUCUCCUUUUUAUUAAAAAAAAAAAUAAACUCUGCUUACUGGCUGCAGGGAAAA